UGAGUCAGAGAGUAAAAAGCCUUUUCAAUUUGAACGGAAGAUGAAUCGUUUGGCUGCGACGCAAACAACACUCCUCUUUUGAAUUCAACCAUUUUGCGUCAGUUAUCAAAUUGAAUAGUGGUAAAUCACCAACACGAUUCUGUUUACCACCAUGAAAAUGAUCCAAAUAUUCAAAAGCCAAUUUCUGUAGAUUACAUCUGUUUUUUAUUGCUGACAAUUAGCGCUCGAAUGGGUAGUAUUUGGACUGUGGGAGUGCUGGCUUUCUUUAGUGUUUCUUAACCAUCAAAGUUCAUUUUAUAACCAUUUCAAGUUCGACGAAAUAAUGCCAAAGUUUGGAGGCGUAGCUGCGCAAGCAGCUGUAAGGCGCGGAGUACAAACUGACGUAAAAAUAUCUUCAAAAACUAUGCAAGCGGCACAAGUCUUGAAAACUCAUCGCGAAGCCGUCGAGUCUCGAAGAGAAGAAGAUUACCGCGAAGAGAACGAAGAAAAUCUUAACAACGAAUUCGAUGCUGAAGAAGAUGAAGUAUUAAUUCAAGUACCAAAAUACUUACAGGGAGUUCCAUUAGUGGACGCUCAUAGUGAAAAUUCUGAUGAGACCUAUAUAGUCAUUCAGAAGAAUCUGGCAGGAAUUCUUCAGGUGAACAGAUUUUCUUCCUCGAAAUCCUGUUAUCUCUUUGGACCACGAAAUAAACUUAGAAAAUUCACGUGUUACAUCAUUACACAUCAAAUAUUCGAAUUUGUAAUUUUAAUAACGAUUUUAACCAACUGUAUCUUUUUGGCGUUAAAUAGACCACCCAAGAUCUCAGAGUACGUUUUUGCGAUCAUUUACACGAUAGAAAUGCUUCUAAAAGUAGUCGCCAAAGGUUUUGUGUUUCAGAAAUACGCAUACCUAAGAAAUUCGUGGAAUUGGCUGGAUUUUAUUUGCGUUAUGAUAGGCUAUCUAACUUUUAUACCGUCAAUCUCAAACAUUUCCGUAGUUCGAACAUUUCGAGCUUUGAGAGCUCUUCGAACAAUAUCAGCAGUAAAAGGUUUAAAAGCAAUGGUGAACACUUUAAUGAAAUCCAUUAAAAUGCUUUCGGACGUGAUGAUCCUUACAGGGUUUUUCAUCUGCGUUUUUGCUUUGAUUGGUCUUCAGCUUUUUAAAGGAACGCUACGAAAUAAAUGCAUAAAGCAUGGAUUCACCAUGGAGAAUGGAGACGACUGGCAUCUGUAUGUUAAUAAUUCAAGUAACUGGUUAAUUAACAAUGACUUCCCUUUUGUCUGUGGAAACAGUUCUUAUGCCGGUCACUGUCCAAAAAAUUACACGUGUAUCAAAGAUGUUGGUGAAAAUCCUCCAAAAUCACUGACUCCUUUCAUCUCCUUCGAUAAUUUCCUCUGGUCGCUGUUGACUUCACUACAGCUUGUUACGCUUGAUUCUUGGGAGUUUGUAUAUAACUCGGUUAUUGGUGCUAAUGGACAGAUGUACGUUCUUUACUUUCUCUUUGUUGUUCUCUUGGGUCCAUUCUAUCUCAUCAACUUAGUUCUCGCUGUCGUUUCAUUAUCCUACGAGAUCGAGUCGGCAGCUUUACAAGAUGAAGAAAAAAUGAAGGAAAAUUAUGCAGCAUUAAAGAGAAGCGCGUCCACUUAUGACUUUGAUUGUAAAGAAAUGCCCGAACCAUUAUAUUUAGACGAUAUACCUCAGCGUCCUGACGCUCACGUGACUCACACAACAGAACACAAGUUGAGUCGCAGCCCGACACCACCUACGUCACACAACGCACUAGAUUUAUUCGAGCAUCAGGAUCAAAGAAUAUCAGGCUGUUGUUCUGGGUUUCGGGCUCACAUCAAUAAGAUUGUUGAAAGCUCUUUAUUUGAAGGAUUCAUCACUACCUGUAUUUUAUUAAAUACUUUGUGUAUGGCACUAGAACAUCAUGGGAUGAACGAAACAUUCGCCGAAGUUUUGGAGAUAUGUAAUCUGACAUUCACGAUAGUCUUCAUCUUGGAAAUGAUCCUGAAACUUAUAGCGCUUGGCAUCAAGAAAUAUGUUUCUAUUGCGUGGAAUUUGUUCGAUGGUGUGAUCGUAUUAAUGAGUAUAGUUGACAUGUCAUUGGAAUAUUCAAAUGCAAGUAGCGGUGCAGGUGGUGCAUUGAGUGUACUAAGAACUUUUCGAUUGCUUCGGGUGUUGAAGUUGGCAAAAUCCUGGAAAACAAUGGGUAAUCUUUUGGCCACGAUUGGUAAAAGUGUGAGGGCUGUAGGCAACAUAACAGUAAUACUAUUGAUUCUAAUGUUCAUAUUUGCUGUCGUCGGUAUGCAAGUAUUUAGUUCUUCAUAUACGACUAAAAAAUUCGAAGGUCGCGUACCACGAUGGAAUUUUAAAGAUUUUCCUCGAUCAUUCAUGAUGGUGUUCCGAAUAAUCUGUGGUAAAUGGAUCGAACCAUGUUGGGAUGUGAUGCAUGCAUCGCAUUUAGUGUCGUUUAUAUAUGUUAUCCUUGUAUUUAUCCUUGGACAAUGGAUUGUGUUGAAUCUGUUUCUGGCCUUGCUUCUUAGCUCGUUCGGGGGGGAUUCGUUGGAGGAGGAAAAGGAAAAGCAAACUAAGCAAAAAAAGAAAAAGAGUUUACUCGAAAUAUUCAGACGUAAGAAAAAGCGUAAGAUAACACCAAACGCAUCUAAUCAAGAUCUUGACAAAUCAGAUGAAGAUAUCAAAAAAGCAAAAGAAACUGAAGCAGGGUUAAAUUUGUCCAAUGGAGGUGACACAGGAAAUGGAAAUGGACUAAGAAAAGACGAGAAUGCGUGUAGUGACACGGAAAGUCUUGUCAACGUCACAAGAAUUGAUGGUGAAAUGUCUCAGCCUUCGUUUCCUCUCAGUGUUGUUGUCGAUGAAGCACUAGCACGCGCCAAAAACGUCCCCUAUAAUCCACAGAAUGAACCCAAAGAGUAUCUUAACGUUGCAAACAGAAACGGAGCACAUGCUGUUCCAAAUGGAAAUUCCCAUAAAGAGUCAAAUUUGAAUCUUGACCUACAAAUGUUAGGAUUCAAUCCAACUUUGGUAAAUCUGAAUGGCGAUAAACGGGAAUCCAUGCAGAGUCCAAUGGGUAUUAUGAGAAAAGGACGAACCAGCUCAACAAGAAGUGGCAGACGACCCACAAUGAUAGUUAUUGGCGAAGACGGCGCACCAGUCGCCCCAAACUGUUAUCCAACAUUUUGUUACGAUAAUGGAACGUGUUUCGCGUGUUGCAAAUGCUACAGAACUUCAAAGACACGAAAACUAUGGACAACCGUACGAACCAAGAUUAAUUUCUUCGUAGAGCACAAAUACUUUGAAUCGUUCAUCUUGUUCUUGAUUGUCGUCAGUAGUUUAUCAUUGGCAUUCGAAGACGUCCAUCUUAAAAAACGCCCAACGCUAAGAAAGAUUCUGCAUUAUUCAAACUACUUCUUUGCCGUUGCCUUCGCUCUCGAAUUUCUACUUAAGCUCAUUGGCUAUGGUGUAGUUGGAUAUUUUACAAGCUUUUGGAAUCUGCUUGACGUCUCUAUUGUCGCCAUAUCAAUUGCAACGUUAUUUGGUAAUGAGAACCUAAAAGCACUUCGUUCAUUGAGAGCCCUCAGGCCACUUCGCGCUGUCUCAAAGUUUGAAGGCAUGAAGGUUGUGCUCAACUCGCUUGUUCUAUCACUACCAGCCAUAGGAAAUGUUGUUUUAGUCUGUUUGGUGUUCUGGUUAAUAUUUUCGAUAAUGGGCGUUCAGUUCUUUGGCGGAAAGUUCUACAAAUGCGUAAACGAGGAAAGCGGAGAAAGGUAUCCGCCUAGUGUGGUUCCAAUGAAAGAAAAUUGCACAGGCACUAACAGACGAUGGAUCAAUUCCAAAAUUCAUUUCGAUAACGCUCUUGCUGGUUUUCUUGCUUUGUUUCAAGUGGCCACCUUAGAAGGUUACAUGGAAGUGAUUUUUGACUCUGUGGAUGCAACAGAGAAAAAUCAUCAGCCAAAGACAGAAGCAAAAUAUGAAAUGAAUUUCUUCUAUGUUGUGUUCAUCACAUUGGGUUCUUUCUUCAUUUUGAAUCUAUUUAUCGGUGUUAUUAUCGAAAACUUUAGUAAACUCAAGCAACAGUACGAAGACAAUGAUGCAAUGGGGAUAUUUUUGACACCAAACCAAAGAAUUUGGGUGAACACAGUUAGUAGAACAUACAUGAAAAAACCAAGAAAACAGCCUAAGAGACCAAAGGCUGAAUGGAGGGGAAAAGUAUAUGAUUUCGUUCAAAGUCGGUCGUUCGAGUUCGUUAUAAUGGCAAUAAUAAUACUCAAUAUUCUCACAAUGAUGGGCGAGCACCAUGGGCAGUCGGAGAAAUUUACUGAGGGAUUGACAUAUCUCAACUAUAUAUUCACAGGACUAUUUGUCAUUGAAGCCAUACUGCGCGUGAUUGCUCUAAUGUCUGACUACUUCAGGUCAGGAUGGAACCUUUUCGAUUUCACCAUUGUCAUGUUUUCAAUAACAGAAAUUGUACUGGAAUCAUACAAGAUUAAUAUGCCUUUUUCACCGGGAUUACUACGAGUAGUGAGAGUAUUUCGGUUGGCAAGAUUGCUGCGCUUCUUCGAGAGUGCAAGAGGAAUUCGUAGCCUACUAUUCGCUCUUUUGAAAUCACUCCCAGGUCUCGCAAAUAUUGGGUGUCUUCUUUUUCUGUUCAUGUUCAUCUACGCUUGUAUUGGUAUGUCGUUAUGGGGAAAUGUCAAACAGACGGGAUACCUUGAUGACGUCGUCAACUUCAAAACGUUCUUUUCCAGUCUUUUGCUGUUGUUUCGCAUUGCGACUGCAGCUGGUUGGAACACAAUACUCGAGCCAAUGAUGAUUCAACCACCAGAUUGUGACGACGAAUUUGAUGGCAUUCCAAAUGGUAACUGUGGUGAUCCUUUGCUAGCGGUAGUAUACUUUGUUAGCUACAUUCUUUUGAUCUUUCUUGUGACUGUGAACAUGUACAUAGCGGUCAUAUUGGAGAACUUUAACGAAGCUCAACAACAAGAUGAAAUAGGGUUAUGUGAGGAAGACAUGGACGCCUUUAUAACUAUUUGGGAAAUAUACGAUCCCGAGGCAACCCAAUUUAUCCACUACCGAGACCUAACUCAUUUUCUAGAUGCUUUGGAUCCACCAUUAAAGAUUGCAAAGCCAAACGAACAAGAAGCAGCUCGGCUUGAUAUUGCAAUACGACAGGGCAACAUGAUACAUUGUCUUGAUUUAAUGCUAGCAUUGGUGAGAAAAGUUAUCGGUAAUAUGGAGGAACUCACGGAGGAUGAUAAAGAGAACAUGUAUGAAAACUUCGAAGAUCGUUUUCAGUCAUCAUUUCCACAACGUAAAACAACAACGAUAUUGUGCACGAUCAAUGAACGGUACAUACGUGAGACCGCGGCUACUAUUACAUUGCAACGUGCCUUUCGCAAAUGGCAGUGCAAUAACCAGACAAAAUGGGAAAAAGAGAAAUUUCACAAACACUCGAUGGAAGAAAAGAUCGAUAAAAAUUAUGUAUGGGAGGAAGAACAAAUCAAUGAUAACUGUUCGAUGUCAUGUGUUACUCGAGCUCGUACAGCAUCGAGUCCUCAGAAAAAGGCUCCGCUAGCGGUACAGGAGACCUUUGAUAGUCCUGUACCACAAUCCAAGAAAGAUAAAAGGAACAAUAACUACACAAGGGAAACAGUAUGCUUUAACGAUCCUAAUGCAACAACCGACGAGCAGAGGUAUUUCAAUAAAGAUGAUAACAAACACAAGCAACAAUCAUCAGAAUCAGUAGUCUAGAGGUCUGGGAAGACUAAAUUUAAUUUCAAUCCUGCUACACACAGGUCACAAUAUUGCUUAUUUCCAUCAGCAGCGUAAAUGGAAACUUGCUCUUGAAGUUUUUAUCAUGAGCCAUUUCCCCAUAACAUCGACAUUAAUUCAUGGUUGCAUAAACCAUAAGAUAUUCAUGAGCAAAGAUCGGUAAAAUGUCUUAACAGACAACCAUAAAGAUGACAGCAGACUUAUUUAUGAUCAUGUAACACAUUAAUCAUUUUCAAAUUAUCAUCCUACUGGUUUUCUAGACAGGCCAUAGGCGUAUUAUAUCUUUAGAGGAGAGAUGUUUUAAAAAGUUUUAUAAAUUGUAUAAAUGUUAAUCUGAAAUAUGCCGGUGCAUAUUUUUCUAGAAUUGACCAAACAUAAGCCGGCACAAUUACAUAAAUAUAAAAUAACUAAGAUAAUCUCAAUUGGUUCAUAAAAUCAAUCAUAAGAUAAAUUUUACCAUAAAUAUUGUAAACAUGCUACAAUUACAUCAGUCAGUGCAAAUAGUUAGAGAAGAAACAUGCCCAAUUUCAUUUUAAUUAAAAAUCCAUGUUUACAUAAAUGUAAA